AAUAAAACAAAAAAAGCCUUUUUUGCGAAACCCAGUUCUUAGAUGAAGUUCUAGUCCCCUUUGCGUACAUUAGAAACUUUUAGAGCAAAAAAGGACAGGUUACAGGGACAAGCCACUCUGCCUGACUCUUUGAGUUGUAACAGUGGUGGAAGCGCAAAACUCGAUCUGAACUCGGUUCUUGUUUGAAUCUGUGCUCACGAAAUACUGGAAAACAACUGAACUUUAACAUAAAUGCUGGGAUCGAAAUACCGACAGUAAUGGGGCCAUCUUUUUAAGCCUUGGUAGGCCUUUUGUGUGGGAGAGAGAGAGAAAGAGCGCUCUGCUUUCUUCCUGUGGGGCGGAGAGAGUAGAUCCCUGCAACGGAUGAGUGACACCGAGGGGAAGAAGGGAUCGAUUUUGAGACAAUCAGACGAACACACCACGUGAGUUUAUUCCACUCAGACUUCUCUCGAUUCGACUCAAUCGAGCUUUGAGAGUUGGAAUGGUAGUUGCGAGAUAAACUUUCUUCCAUCAUUGCGAGCCGUUUGGUAGUUGAUCUCAUCCCAUUUCUAUUUUUCGUUUAAUUUCAUUUGUACGCCGUCAAACUAUACUGCUUAUUCUCUCAUCAUUCAGUCUUCACUAAACUCAAAUCUAAUGGCUCUUGAAACCCAAAACCUUCACUUCGUUUUGCUCCCCCACCUGUCCCAUGGCCACCUGAUCCCCAUGGCGGACAUGGCCAAGUUACUAGCACAGCAUGGUGUGAGCGUCACCAUUAUCACCACCCCCAUCAAUGGCGCUCGAUCUAAACCAGUCAUAGAUCAGGCCACCCAAUCCGGGCUCCAUAUCCAGCUUCUCCAGGUCCAAUUUCCAUGCUCUGAAGUUGGGUUGCCUGAAGGAUGUGAAAGCAUGGACGCCCUCCCCUCAAAAGACAUGUUGCAAAAUUUUUUGACAGGCAUCAGCAUGCUGCAACAACCAGUGGAGCAGCUUCUGAUCGAGCUAAAGCCUUCUCCAAGCUGCAUCAUUUCCGACAAAUAUUUUGCCUGGACUGACCGCACAGCCCGUAAGUAUCGGAUUCCCAGAAUUGUUUUUGAUGGUACUAGUUGUUUUGCGCUCCUUUGUACACACAACAUAAUCACAUCCAAGGUUUGUGAGCAUGUGUCCGAGUCGGAGCCCUUUGUUGUGCCUGGUUUGCCGGAUAGAAUCGAGCUAACUAAAUCCCAACUCCCUAAUUCUGUCAAUAUUGUCCCCUCCAACACAGCGGGUAUUCGCAAAGAAAUUAGAGAGGCUGAACUAGCAGCAUAUGGGGUUAUAGUCAACUCCUUCGAGGAAUUAGAAACAGCAUAUGUUAGAGAAUACCGAAAGGUCAGAGGAGAGAAAGUUUGGUGUAUAGGGCCGGUGUCACUAACCAACCAAAACAACCUAGAUAAGGCAGCCAGAGGUGACAAACCUUCCAUUGAUGAAAACCAAUGUCUGAUUUGGCUUGAUUCGUGGAGACAAGGUUCCGUAGUCUACGCUUGUUUGGGAAGCCUCAGUCGCUCGACAUCUGCACAGCUGAUAGAGCUUGGAUUAGGCUUAGAAGCAUCAAACCGACCUUUCAUUUGGGUGAUAAGAUCAGGAGACAGAUUAGCUGAGCUUGAGAAAUGGAUUUCAGAAGAAAAAUUUGAGGAAAGGGUCAAAGGGAGAGGGCUUGUGAUUAAGGGUUGGGCUCCGCAACUGUUGAUUUUGUCACAUCCUGCAGUGGGAGGGUUCUUAACACAUUGUGGAUGGAACUCAUUACUUGAAGGAAUAUGUGCAGGCUUGCCAAUGAUAACAUGGCCGCUGUUUGCUGAGCAAUUUUACAACGAGAAGUUGGCUGUGCAAGUGUUGAAGAUUGGUGUGCCUGUGGGGGCCAAAUUUGUUGUGAAUUGGGGACUGGAAGAGAAGCAUGGAGUGGUGGUGAAGAGGGAACAAGUUAAAAUAGCAAUAGAUCAGUUGAUGGAUGAAGGAGAUCAGGUAGGACAAGAUAGAAGAAAGAGAGCUAGAGAGCUUGGGGAUAUGGCCAAGAGUGCAAUUGAAGAAGGAGGUUCUUCCUAUCUCAGCAUGAAAUUGUUAAUCCAAGAUAUCAUUGAAGUAUGCAACAAGUGAUCAUUAUUUUUAAUUUAGAAUAGGGUAAGCUUCUGCCUAAACAAUAAAAAAGAGAAAUUAGGCUAAGCUUGCUUUGGAAUGCAAUAGAUCUAAUAAAAUUAAUCAAAGUUCUGUUGUAUCUCUUUAGAGAUUGUUCUUAGAUAAUUUUCAAUGGUCUGUUUAAUUUUCUAUCUAAAAUUGUUAAAAGAAAUUACUUUAUUUAUUUUAGCUAAUAAUUUUUAAAACA